AUGGACACGGGGUAUCUGAUGGAAAAACAAUUUGCCCCUACUCCCCUGAGCAGGAUGGACUCCGUUGACGGCAGCCAAAGCAGGAAAAAUUUCAGCGUGAGCCAUCUUCUGGACCUGGAAGAAGUGUCCGUUAUGAACGGCAUGAAGUCGGCAGUUGCGGCGAUGAAGGACGCCAGAAAAGGACAUCAGGAGCAUUCCAGCGUGAGCAGUGGGAGCGAGGCAGCCCUACAGGACACUGAGGGUCAGAGUCCAGAGAAGGGCACCGUGAAGAGGAAGAAGAAACAGCGCCGCAGCCGCACCACCUUCAACAGCAGCCAGCUGCAAGCACUGGACAAAGUCUUCGAGCGCACGCACUACCCUGAUGCUUUUGUGCGUGAGGAGCUGGCCCGCCGAGUCAACCUCAGUGAGGCACGGGUACAGGUAUGGUUCCAGAACAGAAGGGCCAAGUUUCGCCGAAAUGAGAGGGCUGUCCUAGCCAGCCGCUCUGCUAACCUGCUCAAGUCCUACAACCAGGAAGCAGUCAUCGAGCAACCGGUGGCCCCACGCCCUGCACCCCUCAACUCCGACUACCUAUCCUGGUCCUCGUCCACACCCUACAGCCCAGCUCCAUCCUACAGCCCCUCGAAUACACCUGCCACUGGUCAGGGGGUCAGCAUGGCCAACAGCAUCGCCAGCCUGCGUCUGAAAGCCAAGGAGUACAGCCUGCAUCAGAGCCAGAGCCAGGUGCCCACAGCCAACUGA